AUGACUGUGGUGUAUACGAAUCUGCUUCUGAUAUAUUUUUUUAUUCACCCUAUUAACUCUGAGCUAAUCAGACUGAAAAGGCAGGCGGCACUGGCAACGAGAGACGGAAUUGACAUUCCUUUCACUCUUAGGUAACUCAAGUUAAAAAAUGUUCAGUUGACGAAUCUUUUCAGAUCUGCUAUUACUUGUCUGACGCCUGGAAUCAGAGAAAACAUAUGCCUCGGCCCGAGAGUGCAAGUUUUGAAGGAAGAACGAAUUGGACUGACGAACAGGCAAGAGAAAGCAAUCUGAACAAACAAAAACUUUUAUUAGAACUAGAAAAAAGAGUUCUGAAUUAAAUGUGCGGCUGAACUUUUUUUUGUUAAUUUCGCAGGAAAGGCGCAACCUACGGUUAUCACAACGGAGUUGACAUUCGGCUUUUACGAAAUCAUAGACUUCCUCUGAUAAACGAUGACACUGAAAUUGGACAUAGCAUUGGAGCGACAGUAGACGUCACGCCACACGAUGGAGCACUAGAAGUCGGAGCGAGAGAUAAGAUCUUUCAAGCUUGGAAGCACAAUAGGUAGAAUUUUACACGUAAGCGAGAAAAGAAACGAUUCUCAGAGGAGCGUUAGUCGAAUGGGACCGUCAGGGAGCUGGAGUCGACAUUGGUUCGAGAGCGUCUGUGGCUGAUGACCUCAUUAAACUUCGGGUAAUAAUUUUUACGCCUUUUUUAAACGCUCUAGUCCUUGCAGCACACACUUUUCGGAGUCAAUGUCGGUCCCACCACAGGAAGAUCGAUUGUAGGGCCAUAUCAAGUGGGAGAAACCAAAGGACAACGUGAGAAUUAUUGAAUUGUUUUGUGGAAAAUUUGAAAAUGUCGGGAAAAAGUUCAACAUUUUCGCCACGCGUGCGUAUUUACGUGGUGGUGUUUGCGUACAUUUAGGAUUAAAUUUUGGCGGGAGAUCAAAUUUUAAAUUUUAAAUUUUAGAUCUGAAAACUUACACGCCGAUUCAAUCGCUCUAUCACAAUUACUACGCGGGAAGAGGAGAUUGGUACAAAAAUCAGUUCCGACGGCCUGGCGACGAGUACAGAACGAAAGAGCAAAAGGCGUGUCCUUGGUGCUUUGCGGUUGACCCCUCAUACCCGACGCAGACUAUAUUCAAUCCCUAUUUUGGAUAA